AUGGCUACAGCAGCCCCCGCCAGCGGCGGCACCGCCCACUCCAAUGCCACCUUCAGAGACAAGGAGAAGCCCAUAGCAGUGCGGUCUGCCAACAUUGUCGCAGCCAGAGCCGUCGCCGAUGCCAUCCGGACGUCCUUGGGUCCCCGUGGUAUGGACAAGAUGAUCAGGAGCGGGAGGGGCGAGACCAUAAUCACCAACGAUGGCAACACCAUGUUGAAGAGCAUGUCCGUCAUGCACCCGACCGCCAAGAUGUUGGUCAACCUGUCCGGGGCCCAGGACGUCGAGGCCGGAGACGGAACCACCUCCGUCGUCGUCAUCUGCGGUGCCCUUCUGGGUGCUGCCGACCGCCUGUUGGGCAAGGGCAUCCACCCCUCGGUCAUUUCAGAGUCCUUCCAGAGAGCCGCCGCCGCCUCGGUCCAGAUCCUGCACGACAUGUCACAACCCGUGGCCCUGAACGACACAGCCACCCUCCUGCAGGCAGCCAACACCUCGCUGUCCUCCAAGAUCGUCUCACAAUACUCGGGCCUGCUCGGCUCCAUGGCCGUCAACGCCGUCACCAAGACCAUUGACGUCAAGACCGCCGACAACGUCGACCUGAAGAACAUCAGAAUCGUCAAGAAGGUCGGGGGCACGAUAGAAGACAGCGAGCUGGUCGAUGGCGUCGUCCUCAACCAGCCCGUCAUCAAGCAGGCCGGAGGUCCCGUCAAGAUGGAGAAGGCCAGGAUCGGUCUGAUCCAGUUCCAGCUCAGCCCCCCCAAGCCGGACAUGGAGAACACCAUCGCCGUCAACGACUACCGCCAGAUGGACAAGAUCGUCAAGGAGGAGCGUCUAUACCUGCUGAACCUCGUCAAGAAGAUCAAGAAGGCCAAGUGCAACGUGCUCCUGAUCCAAAAGUCCAUCCUGCGUGACGCUGUCAACGACCUGUCCCUCCACUUCCUGGCCAAGCUCAACAUCAUGGCUGUCAAGGAUAUCGAGCGUGACGAGGUCGAGUUUAUCUGCAAGUCGACCGGCUGCAAGCCCAUUGCGGAUAUCGACUCGUUCACCGAGGACAAGCUGGGCAGCGCCGACUUGAUCGAGGAGUCACAGGCCAACGGUGCACGCAUGGUCAAGAUCCUGGGCACCAAGAGCGCAGGCAAGACCAUCAGCGUUGUCUGCAGGGGUGCCAACAGCUUGAUUCUGGACGAGGCCGAGCGCUCGCUCCACGACGCCCUGUGUGUCAUCCGCUGUCUGGUCAAGAAGAAGGCUCUCAUUGCCGGAGGAGGUGCUCCCGAGAUCGAGAUUGCUGCACAACUCUCGAAACAGGCUCGUGAGCUGACCGGCACUGAGGCUAUCUGCUGGAAAGCCUUCGCCGACGCCCUGGAGAUCAUCCCCACCACGUUGGCCGAGAACGCAGGAUUGAACAGCAUCAAGGUUGUCACCGAGUUAAGACACCGUCACGAGAUGGGUGAGAAGAAUGCAGGCGUCAGUAUCAAGAGCGGCGGUGUCAACAACAACAUCGCCAAGGAGAACGUUCUGCAGCCCCUGUUGGUCAGCACCAGCGCCAUUGAGCUGGCAGCUGAGACUGUCAAGAUGAUCCUGCGUAUCGACGACAUUGCUCUGAGCCGAUAA